AUGAACAUCUCAGCUCUCUUGUCAAUAUCAUCUUCCGAUACACAACUCGAUGUUCUUGAAAGUGUUCCUCCUCGUCCACUUCCUCCUCCUAGGCUUGAAGAUCCCGGAGAAACAGAAAAGGCAAUGUAUCACUAUAAACAAGCUGGUGCUGAAUCAGACCCUGAUGUCUUGACUAAAGCUAUAAAUCUUCAGGUUCGUCUGAAUAAGUGUACUGAGGCCAAGAUGCAACGAGAUUGGAACACAUUAUUGAAAGAAACCAGGCUCGCCAUAUCAGCUGGUGCUGAUUCUGCCCCACAGAUUUUUGCAUUGCAAGCUGAGGCCUUGCUGAAGCUGUAUAGGCUUCAAGAAGCAGAUGAAGCAUUGACAAAGGAACCAAAUUUUGACAUUGAUGAUUGCACUCAAUUCUUUGGGCCUAUUGGUCAUGCAAGUCUGUUAGUGUGUUGA